CUCGCCCACUUUGCAUCCUUCCUAAAUACAGCCAUCGCUCUCUCCAUCUCUUGCGCCUUGUCUCUCAUGGAGGCUAACCUUGAAAUAUGAGUGUUGCAGGGAUUCACCGUGGAUUUCUCAGGAAGUAUGGUGGCUUUAUGUUCAAACAAUGGAAGGAGAGGUACCUCAUAUUGACAGCUGACGGCUGUGUGUUGGUGAGUCGCGAUGCAGUGUCCCCUCCUGACCAGAUGGUGGCAUUGCAGGGGGGCUGUGAGGCCAUCGUGGAGGGCAGGGAGAUCCUGGACCUGCCCAAGCUGCCCUCUGGAGGACGCAGGGACUGCUGCUUUGCUCUGAUCCUGCCUCAGGAGAAGUUCCUGCUGCUACUGGCUGACAACGCAGAAGACUGCAGUCAAUGGGUCAACAUGCUGAGGAAAGUGCGAGAAAGUGUAUCAUCACCAAUGUCCUCCUGUAGACACCAUAAUGCUUCAACACGAUGCAUCACUGACAGAGACCCGCUUCCAGACCCCAUUUCUGACAAAGAUCCCCCAACUCCACCGCUGAGUGAUAUGGAGAUCUUAUCUCCUGGGCCAAGAUACCCUGGGCCAAGAUCUUCUGGGCCAAGAUCUCCUGGGCCGAGAUCUCCUGGGCCAACCUCUCCUGGCUUAAUCUCUGCUGGGCCAAAUUAUCAUGGGCCAACAACAGGUGACAUUCAACAAAAGGAAAAUGGCCAGAAAUCUCCCCACAUGAAGAGGGACAAAGGGACUAGUCAUUCGGUGGGCUGUCUGCGCCAUGGCACCAGCCAUGAUGCCCAGGCAGUGAGGGCUGUGUAUCUGCUGAUGGGAGGGGCCGCUGCUUCCUCUGCCAUGGGUUACCUGGGUGCAUGCUCUCCUGCUAAUCCUGACGUAAGGCCUCCUGACCUGCCGCCCACCACAGACUUCUCUAACCUGGGCUCAGCAGGGGCUUACCACUCUUGCAACCAGACUGUUGUUGACUCUCCUCACUUCCACAGCUUUGACUUUGAGGGGGCAGACUCAGACUUUGAUGCCUUUGACUGUGGGGGAUUUUCAUUCUAGGGGGGAAAUGAUGAUUUACCUACCGUCAAGACUUUCAAUCCUCCUGUUCAUCCUUUAUGAAAUACAAGAGCAAUAAUUGCCUCUUAUUGUUGCCACCCUUUGUAAGUGAUAUGUACUGAUGCAAAACAUUUGAGCUAUUUUAUCUUAUAUUUGAUAUAAUUUAUUUGGUUACAACCUGUCUGCUGUCAUCCUCUGGCUAUGGAGAGAGCGUGGAUUUCUUGAUGCCAUUUUAAAUAACGUAAUGUAAGCAUACCUUGUCUUUAUAACUAUUUGCCCCACACCUAUCUCCUUAACUCUAUCUCCUUAACUGCUCUGCCAUGUGUUAGCUAAGUUCAUUGUCAUUGUUUUGUUUCCUUAUUUAUAUGUUGCUUAAAUAAAUGCCAGGGUUCGAUAGAAAAUG